AUGCCACUACCAUGUCCAAAGAAACAAGACAAAGUGGUGUGGAUCCCUUCCCCUAGUGGAUCAUUCUUAAUAGUGCAAACCUUAAAGCAUUUGAAUCUACACUUGCCAAGUCCAUCAUGGACUCACCUUGUUUGGUUCAAGAAUUCAGUACCUAAAUACUCAUUUACCCUAUGGGUGGCCAUACAACAGAAAUUACCUAUACUGAAUCGAAGAUGCACAUCCCACAUCAAUGCCACCAUUUGUUAUCUAUGCAAUUCUCACUUGGAGUCCCAUGACCAUAUUUUCUUCCAAUGUGACUACACAAAGCCCUUAUGGUCAUUUAUUCAGUCAAGGUGUGGUAUCCAUAUCCAUCCCAACUCUUGGCAAUAUCUCAUCACUUGGGCUUCUCAUCACUGGCGUAACAACAAUGGGUUCUAUAGCAAUUCAGUGGCAAAGCUUGCUUUGAGCUCACUUGUUUACAACAUAUGGAUGGAGCGUAAUAGGAGAAUUUUCAAGAAGAAUUUCUUGUCCCAAAAUGCACUUCUGCAGCAAGUAUUAGACAGAAUUAGACAGAAGCUAUUGUCAUCUCAACUCACAGAUUCCCUAAGCUCUAGGCGUAUUAUUGAAGAAUGGGAACUCCCAGCUUCUGUUAUCCGACCACCGGCAAAGCCUCCUGACAGUAACUAA